UGUUGGAUUGAAGGGAAGCAGCUGCCAAGUCUUAAGGGAAGAAAAUUUCAUAGGUAUUGAAAAAUGGGAAGGUCUCCUUGUUGUGAUGAAAGUGGCCUUAAGAAAGGUCCUUGGACCCCUGAAGAAGAUCAAAAACUUGUCAAAUAUAUCCAAGCAAAUGGCCACGGUAGCUGGAGAGCCCUUCCCAAGCUUGCUGGCCUUAACAGAUGUGGGAAGAGUUGCAGGCUUAGAUGGACAAAUUAUUUGCGGCCUGAUAUUAAGAGAGGGAAAUUUUCCCAGGAAGAAGAACAAACAAUUCUCAAUCUCCAUUCCAUCCUUGGAAACAAAUGGUCAGCAAUUGCCAGCCACUUACCGGGGCGAACGGAUAAUGAAAUAAAAAACUUUUGGAACACCCAUUUGAAGAAAAAGCUCAUCCAAAUGGGAAUUGAUCCGAUGACUCAUAGGCCUCGUACUGAUAUCUUCUCAAGCUUGCCUCAUCUGAUAGCUUUGGCCAACCUAAAAGAGCUUAUGGAUCAGCACCCAUGGGAGGAACAGGCUGCAAGGCUACAAGCAGAUGCUGUUCAAAUGGCUAAGCUGCAAUGCUUGCAAUAUCUUCUCCAAACCCCUGCUUCCAUUUCAUCUGGCUCUAACAUCAACAUGCACAAUACUUUCUCUGAUAUGGAGACCAUUAAUCUUUCAAACUCUCUUUCUCCAAUCAAGGAUAACUCAGUUUUAAGUUCACCCCAGCUUGAUAUAGCAGCUGCUUCUCUUCAGGGUUCCAAUGAUUCAAUUCCUUUCCCUCGUUUACCAGACCUACAAAUCCCAUGUGAAUAUCGAACAUCUACAAGCAAUGAAACGGCUCAAGCUCAAAACUACACAGCGUUGAGCCAACGAGAGAAUACAUGCAAUUCACCAUGGCUCACUAAUUCAUCUGCAGCUCCUUCACCUUCUGUGAUUCCAUCUGUAACAGAGACUUUGAUCAACAAUUUGGGGGAUACUUCCUGUUCUUCAAGCUAUGAAGGAGCUGCUCCUUCAGUUUGGCCUGAUGAUCACCUACUCUUUGAAGACCCUUUGUUUCAUGAGCUUUCCUAG